GCGUCUGUGGCUGUGAUGGGCCAUGCUAUGGCUUCUGCCGUCGACUUCUUGUCGAAGGAGAAUCCCGAACUGUUGGAGGAAACCUCCUCCUGGACGAUGUGUGGCAAGUCUGCUGUUCCCGCGGGUACCAACGCUGCUCCGGGACGAGACCUGCAUGAACGCCACGUGAA